UGCAGGCAAAGUGAGGCAGCGCUAUGGCAAGCGACAGAGAACUUCUUCCUGUGAUCCAGGACUUAAAGAGUGCAGUGACUGAUUUAAACCAAAAUUACCAAGAGCAGGGGCUGCCAGUGACAGAUGGUAGUUGGGAGCUAUAUCAGUUCUGUGCCCAGCUGGAGUUCCUGCUACAGUAUGAUAUGAAAGAGAAGAAAAGCCUCUUUGGACAGAGGAAAGAUUAUUGGGACUUUCUAUGCUGGGUCCUGACAAAGCUGCACAGUGGUGCACAUGCAGGGGUGGAAUAUAUCGCCUCUCUUGACAAGCUGAAAACAGCCAUGGGGAAAGGUCGUGCAUUCAUUCGCUAUUGUCUGGUUCAUCAUCAGCUGGCUGAGACAUUGCAGCUUUGCUUCUUGGAGCCAAAAGUCACCAGCGAGUGGUACUAUGCGCGCAGCCCCUUCCUGAACCAAGAGCUGUGGCUGGACGUCUUGGGUUCUCUCUAUGAGCUGGAUGGCAUUGCCUUCCAUCUGGCACUUUGCAGAGCAGACCUGGAUGCCGCAUGGCCAAUGGCCUUAAGUGAUGUGCUUUCCAAGGUUGGGAACUCAAAUAGGGAUUGCAAGAACUAUCAAGGAGCCAAUGAAGAUCACAGGACUCCGCCAGGAAUAAAGGACCACGGUGUCAUUCAGUCCACUGCUGAUAGCCUAUUCAGGCAAGGGUUGGAAAAUUCAAUGGAAAAAUGGAUUGGGGUCUGGAGAAGCAGAAAGAACAGUCUGCUGCAGAUGAGUUCUCUCCUAAAACUGAGUCCUUUCAUGGAAAGAGAUGCCCAGUGUUCAGCUUCUAUUAAAAAGAAGCUGGUAGAAGCCCAAAGGGCAAAUAGUGACUUGCAGGCACAAGUGGAAAAGGAGGUGCCAAACGAUGUAUUCCCCAUUCAGGAACUAGGUUCCCUGCUACCAGAACUCUGCCUUUGUAAAAAGCCUGAGAGAUCAUGUCAGGGGACCACUGAAGGGGUCAACCAGUGGAAACAACAGGACUUGGGAAUAUUGAUGUGGGAGCUUGGGGCUCUGCAACAGAAGAUGUCCCAGCAGCAAAAGGAAAACACAAACAUAAGACAAGCCCUUUCUGAGGAAAACAGGGCUCUGAAAGAAGAGAUGGAAAAACUUAAAAGACAACAUGAAGAAGAGAUGGAAGGGGAGGAAAAACAGCAGCAGGAGCUCACCAAGGCCAUAAGAGCCCUCAGAGAGGCAGAACGGAAGAUUACUAAUCUGUCCAGUGAAUGCCAGGAGGCUUGGGACAAGAAAGUUGCUGCUGAGAAGUCUCUAGAGGAGGCACAUCAGAGGCUGAGUUCUCAGGAGGUAGAGAGGAGAAAGUGCCUGGCAGACAUUGAAGCCCAAGAAUUGAGGCGACAGCAACUGACAUCUCGAUGUCAAGGACUGCAGGAGAAACUGAAGGUGUGUGAAGAGAGUCUGAAGAAAUGGGAAGCUCAGGCAGUCGCCCUGCAAAGCCAACAUGGCCGUCUGGAAACAACUGGGAAACAACCAAAAGAGCUGACUUGCAGACUAGCAGAAAGGGAAGAACAUUCAGCUAUGUUGGAGAAGGGACUCUUAAGGGAGAAAUUAGGGAGAAGUCUUGAUGAGAUAGAGGCCCUUGAGAGGGAGAAGGAGACUCUUAUUGAAACUCUGGUCUCUCAAGAACAGAGUUUGGUGUUUUCAAAACUAGAAAUUCAGGAUCUUCGGAAGGAGCUAUCAGCAUCUCAAAAGCUUGUUGUCACCCUUCAGAAUUCUUCGAUUGAGCAGGAGAAGGCCUUGAGGAAUAGGGAAGAAGUAGCUCAGAGCUUGCAGGGGGACUUAAAUGACCAAUUAGCUGAGCUACAGAAGGCACUGGAGAAAAACACAGCAAUGAAAGAGGAGUUGGAGGAAAUGGCCAGCAAGAACUGUCAGCUCGAAGGACAAGUUAUCGAAAAACAAGUCAGAUGGGAGAAAAAAUUGCAGGAACUGAGGAGCCAAUUUGGAACUUUAGAAAAGGAGGCAAACAGACUGGAAGAGGAGAAACAGAUUCUCCAGGCCACACUACAACAAACCCUUGAAGCAAAAGAGGCCUUGGAGAAGCAAGUUCAAAGCACUACCGCCAUCAUGGAGACACGGACCUGUGAGGCCACAAAGCUUAGAAAUGAAUUGGAGAAUUUGACAGCCACCAGCCAAACACUACAGAAAGCCUUGCAAGAGAAAAAUGAAAUUGUGGUCUCAGACCUUAAACAGGAGUGUCUGAAGUUGAGAAACCAAGUUGAGCAACUGGAGCUUGACAAAAUGCGAACCACUAACAUAGCAGAGAUGCUAAGUACAGAGCUGGAACAAUGUUGGGACUUGCCAAGAGAAGACAUUGCUCCACAGAAGGAACUGGCUUCUUCUAUCACUAUGGUGGAUCUAACAUCUGAAACCAGAGGUGAGGAAGUCAAGGCUCUUGCCAACGAGAGGAGCAUUACAGAAAGAAUCGAUCAUAGAGUGGCAAAGUCACAGCAGGCAGAAAAAGCAGUUCUUCAGAUGGAUGUGCUGAAAAACAGGGAAAGCGCCAUCAAGAUGGAUACCAGUACAAAGUCCAGAAUGGAAAUCCAUGGGAAGUGUCUGACUAGUCAUUUGGACAAAAUGAUGGAUGGCGUUCAGAAGGCUAAGCAAAUGCUCGUGGCCAAGGAGAAAGAGAUGAAGUACCUCAAACAGCAGUUGAGCUGGUCUCAACAGGACAAGCAAAAGGAGCAACAGUUGCUGAAGGAAAUCCAACAAGAAUUGCAGGAAAAGGAAAAGAAAUACCAAGAGAAGCUGUCAGAACAGGGGGAAUUAAUCUGCAGCUUGAAGGGGAGGCUGGUGGAGCUACUGAGGGAGAAGGAUGCCCUGUGGCAGAAGACGGAAGGCAUCACGUCCCCAGCUGCAUGCUCAGCUCCUCAGACCUCGGGGAUGUGUGCUCACUGCAAAAAGGAUUUCAGGAUCACAUCACGCCGAUACCAGUGCAGGUUAUGCCACAGCACCGUGUGUCAUGCUUGCUCUGUGAGCUGUGGACACAGGGAGCGCUGCUGCUUUCUGUGCUACCAGAAGAGAAACAGCCAAGGCACCUGACGAUAGGCUUCAACAAGCUGCCAUGUCCCCCCCCCCACCUAUGAGUCAUCCAGUAAAGAGCCCCCUCCCCGAAUAUCUUCUGGGAAUGGACUUGGCUUCAUUUGGGGCAGGCAAAGUUGCAGAUGAAUCAAUAAGGUCACAUGGUAGCAAUCAGGAUGCUUUAGCCUAAUGCUCUGAUGGAGCAACCAGUUGGUUAGGAGGAGGGCACAUUUCCUGCCCAGUGUAAAUUGCAGAAAACGAUUGGUCGACUUUCUAACCUGUGGUAGCUACUAUAGAUGCUUGGAGAGGCGAGUGUAUAUAUGCAUACCACUGAUUUCUUCCUGCGUGUGAGCAGCACGUGCAUAAGGUGGCAAUGACUGAAUGUGAAAAGUAGCAACUUCGUAAGAACGCUCUCCCCGCUGUUAUCUUCCAUGUAUGCUUAUCUGCGGCAGCCAUAGCAAAAAGGAAGAGGAGCUGUGCCAGUCAAAAUGUACCUAGAACCACUUCCGAAGCCAGACCAUGGAAGGAAUUUUGUUUCACCCUAAAAACCUAGCACAAAGCUGGUGUGAACCUCUAGAUAGACCAUUUAGAAUAUUGUGGGGGUGGGGAAUGAUGGAAGGAAAGAAGAGAAAAGAUUGGAUUUAUACCCUGCCCUUGACUACCUGAAGGAGUCUCAAAGCGGCUUACAAUCUCCUUUCUCUUCCCUCCCCUCAACAGACAUCCUGUGAGGUAGGUGGGGCUGAGAGAGCUCUCUUAAGAACUGCUCUUGAGCAGAACAACUCUGAGAGAGUUAUGACUGACCCAAGGUCACUUCAUAAGUUGCAUGUGGAUGAGUGGGGAAUCACUCCCAGUCCCAGAUAAGAGUCCACUCACUAAACUACCACAUCAAAUUGGCUACUGUUAUCCUUCCAUUUCCAUGGACUUUGUAGUCAAGGGCUGGAGAGAGAACUGUUGUAAACUGGGAGUCAUAAUUUAAUCACAUAAUUGCUGUGAUAAAUGACAAUAGUGUUAUUUAUUGGAAAGUUAGUUAUGAAAAUAAAUGUGUGGGUACGUACGAAAA